CGGCGGCGGAGCGCUGGCUGUAACUUGACACCGGGGCGAGAGGCCGAGCGGAGAGAGGGAGCAAGAGCGGCGGCGGAGGAGGAGGAGAGGAGCCCCAGGGAGCGGGAUGGUGACCACCUCCUUCCCCUCCCCUUAGCGGCGCUCCGUAGCAGCAGCAGCCGCCGCCGUAGGAGCGCCGGGGACUCUCGCCUGCCGCGGAGCCGGGGCCAGCCGGCGAUGGGGACGGGACGGAUCGCCUGAGCUCCCGGGAACUUUCCCGGCCGCGGGCAGCCGGAGCCGGGCAGGCGGAUGGAGGAUGCGCUUUCCCCGGCGGGCUGCGUGAGCCGGCGGCGGCGAAGGGGAGGAUGAAGAAGAAGCAGCAGCACGGCGGCGGGGAGUGCCCGGCGCCCUGGCCCCCCGCGGCGGCGGCGGCGGCGGGAGGGGGCCCGGGCCAGGGCGGGGGCUCGGUGAGGCGGCGGCCCCUCUCGCUGCUGCCCUUCCUCUCGCUGCGCGACUACGUCUUCUGCAUGGCCACCCUGCUGCUCUUCUGUUUGGGCUCCCUCUUCUACCAGCUCAACGGGGGCCCCCCGCACUUUCUGCUGGCCCUGCGGCACUGUCUGGGAAAUUCCACUUAUCUGGAUGAUCACGGACCACCACCUCAAAAGGUACUUCCUUUCCCCAGUCAGGUGGUCUACAACAGAGUUGGAAAGUGUGGAAGUCGAACUGUAGUUUUGCUUUUAAGAAUUUUAUCAGAGAAACAUGGAUUCAACCUGGUUACAUCUGACAUACAUAACAAAACAAGACUGACCAAAAAUGAGCAGAUGGAAUUGAUUAAAAACAUAAGCACUGCUGAGCAGCCCUAUUUAUUUACUAGACAUGUUCAUUUCCUCAACUUUUCAAGGUUUGGAGGAGACCAGCCCGUGUACAUCAAUAUUAUUAGAGAUCCUGUCAACCGAUUCCUAUCCAAUUAUUUUUUUCGACGUUUCGGAGACUGGAGAGGAGAACAGAAUCACAUGAUCCGUACCCCCAACAUGAGGCAGGAGGAAAGAUAUCUGGACAUUAAUGUGUGUAUCCUUGAAAACUACCCUGAAUGUUCUAAUCCCAGGUUAUUUUACAUCAUACCAUAUUUCUGUGGACAGCAUCCAAGAUGCAGGGAGCCUGGUGAAUGGGCCCUUGAAAGAGCAAAGCUGAACGUUAAUGAAAAUUUUCUGCUUGUGGGCAUUCUGGAGGAGUUGGAGGAUGUGCUGCUUUUAUUAGAAAGAUUCUUACCUCAUUAUUUCAAGGAUGUGCUUAGCAUCUACAAAAAUCCAGAGCAUAGGAAACUUGGCAAUCUGACUGUGACAGUGAAAAAGACCGUCCCCUCUCCAGAAGCAAUACAGAUCCUCUACCAACGCAUGAGAUAUGAAUAUGAGUUUUAUUACUAUGUUAAAGAACAAUUCCACCUGCUGAAGCGCAAGUUUGGACUGAAGUCUCAUAUCAGGAAACCAAGUCCCAGACCUGAGUUCUUCAUUCCUUCUCCCCUGGAAACAGAAGAACCAAUAAAUGAUGAGGAAGAAGAUGAUGAAAAGUGGCUAGAGGAUAUCUAUAAAAGGUGAUGGAUGGAAGAGCUAUCCUUUCUCUUCUGGUGACCCCUCCAGCUUUCUUAAGAUUUUUUUUUUAAUUAUUAUUAAAAGUAAUUCCUUAAGGAACUGAGUUAAUGCGCAGCGGAUUUGAAAUGGAACAGAAGAGACCAUUCCCACAUGCUGGAGCCAUUGGGAGAUACCUGAUUUUGCAGGUUUGAUUCAUUAUACAGUGCUGGCUCUAUAGCAUCCUUGCUACAGCGUAGUUCAGGAGAGAAGUACCUACCAUCUGUCACAAAAUAACUUUUGGAAUACACGGUAUUUUUGAACUGCAAAAUACAAAAUAAUAGGCAUUCUUGAAAAGCAAAUUUUACAGAUUCUCAUCUCUCUCUUUGACCGGAAACAAGUCUUUGUGACCUAAUACUGUGGCAUGAACUACCAGCUAAUGAACUACAGGCAGUUAGCCAUUUGGGAAGAGUGCCUCUUUCUGUCCAAAGCACACUGAUAUCCCAGUGGUAUGGUCAGAGCCAUUGCUUUGUCUUCAAAUCCAAGGAUAACAGGCUCAGAAAGAGGCUAGGUAACAGCUUCUUAAUUACCUGUGCUGGAGGAGCAGGGCUGCUGUUCUGCCAAAUCUCUAGUGAGUGUAAGGCAAGCUGCAGGAACCAGAUAUUUUUG